GCUGCUACAUCGGUGUGUGUGCACGCUAAUUAUACCGAAGAUUUAGUAACCUACACCGAACCUUUCAGCAGCUCGCAGAUUGCACGUUGCCUUACAAUGAGAGAAAAAUCACCAUCCGAUACUCCAUCAGCGAUGAACCAAAUCGAUCUAGAGCCUGUACUUGCAGUACCUCCAGCUCUCACCACGAGAGCUUUCAACUUACUGCGAGAAGCAGGAUGCGUAGCCAUGCGUUGGCACAGUGGGGGAAGGUAUGGCAGUCGUACGCAUACAAUAGACGAUGAUCCAACGCACACAGAGGCACUGAGUAUUCAUCAUCCUUCAUCCGAGGCUGAGUGUACACGCCAUUCAAACGGUAAUGAGCCCAGUUCAAAGCAUUUGCGACCAUCGGUUGUCACUGGCACGUCAUCUGCCAAGCGCAUGGGACUGCCUCUUACUUUGACGGGUGGUGCUCACGUAUCGAGCAUUAUGCACACGUUGAAGGAAUCACGCACGGCACAAUAUGUGUCACAAACAGCCGAACAUAUAAGUGGUGACGCCAUUCAGCCAGGAGACUCAGCGCAGACUGACAUGCCUAGAUCAGCAGCAGCGCAGGCACUAGUUGAUCUACUACAGCUCCCAGGCGUAGAACUACAACAUAAACCCAUUACGCUUCACACAAACAUUCCUAAAGACGAAAGUAUAGACGCAGAACACAUACGCACAGUCGAGGUCGCCCGAAGUAGGCUACGAGAGUUCAGCAAUGUGCAGAUACCAGGAAGUGGCAUGAAAAGAGAAGAACAAAGAUUGGAGCCUCCUGCAUUCACCUUUGUCGAGUUAUUUGCAGGUAUCGGGGGGUUCGGGGUUGGUCUCGAGGCUCUCGGGGGCAAGUGCGUAUUCGCCAGCGAAUUGCUGCCGAGUUGUAUAGCGACCUACGAAACUAACUUAUGCACAGACUACAUUACAGGUGGUCAUGUGGCGGGUGAUAUAUACGAAGUUCCCGACGAGUUUAUUCCCACACACGAUAUACUAGUAGGUGGGUUUCCGUGUCAGACCUUCUCUGGCUUAGGCGAGCAGAAUGGUAUCUCGGAUGCAUCUGGCCGGGGCAUGCUGUACACCCAGAUCGUGCGUGUGCUCAAAGCGAAACAACCGCAAGCAUUCUUACUUGAAAACGUGCCAGGCUUACUAAAGUGUGACGACGGGGAGGCGCUAGAUACAAUCAUUGGCGAGCUGAUUAACGCGGGAUACGAUGUGAGUCAUGAAGUUGUGAAUGCCAAGUGUCUAACUGCUCAAUCGCGGAAGCGAUUGUACAUAGUCGGGUUGCGGAAGGGGCUGCAGAGCGUCUAUGAGCCAUUCACCUUCCCUUGCAUACCUGAUCUUGGACUACGCGCCAUUGAUAUACUGCAAAGCGAUAGUGAAAUACACGAGGCAACUCCAGUCCCUAUCGAAAAUAGCAUCCGUGGUGCAAAUUUGCACGCAGAUAAUACAGCCCACCGGGACCAUGCCAUGCCAGGAUGUGAAAGCAGUACAAAACCGGGACGGUCUGAUCUGGAAAGUUUAUAUCGCUUGAGCGACGCGCAACUCAAUCAACUGACCAACGCACGGAAAUGGAAGCCGUCAAAACUUGCAUGGCCCGAUAAGCCCCUAAACACGCUCAAUUCGCACUACGGUGUGAGUGUAGGUAAAGGUGAGUCACAGCUGGUACCAUCACCUGCCCCCCACAACCCGCGGCGACUAACACCCCGAGAGUGUGCGCGUGUGAUGGGGUUUCCAGAUUCGUACACACUGCUCAAUAGAGACCCUAGCAGCAGACAAGGCCGCGAAGCUUAUCUUAAGGAACAAUAUAGAAUGUUAGGAAACGCUGUGUGCCCACCCGUGAUAACAGCGCUAGCUGGCAGUGUGUUGGCGCGGUGCACCGGAACGCUCGGACAUCGAAACCGGGAUGACUGGGCUAGUACAGGCGUGGAGGUGGCGGUCGCUCUGUCUUUAGGUGCGGUUUCACCUAAUCGGUUAGAAAGUCUUCUACAGCGAUUGCAGGAUACACACGUAGUGCAUAUAGUAGAAUAAAGUAAGGCAAUGAAGUGAUGCUUUAUACACACAUAUUUCCUAAAUCAUCAAUCCCUAAUUCAAGGAUGUGCUGUAGGUAAC